GCUAGAGGAACACAACAUUAGAUACGUGCAGCGUGACACGAGAGAAACAUUCAGUUUGUUGCGGCGUCACGAAUUUAGUUGUCGUUGUUGGUUUAAAGUUUAGUUAAAAUGACUUCUUUGCUGUUGUCCGCCUUGAGGAGGAGUGUGCGCUGUAGAGUCCGGCUGUGCGGAGUCUCCGAGCCCGGAGCGCUGGGUAAAUCUCCCCUGACAGCAGGAGGAAGACGCGCCGCGCGCUCGGCUUCACGGUUUACAAACACGGCCGGGACGGCGCGCGAGGCACCUGCUUCCGGUAGAUACAGACAGGGUGUGCUGAUGGCCACCGGUGUGUUCGGGAUCGUGGCUGCCGGUGUGUGUCAUCUUCAGCAGGCUGAAAUGGCCACCCGGGUGAGGAAGGAGGAGGAGGAAGGAGACACCGCGGAGAGAUGCAGGAGCUUCAUGGCCCCGCCGGUCACCGAGGUGCGCGUGCUGGAGCAGAAGAAGCGUGAGAUGAGCAGCAGGAUGGAGAUGCUCAUCAUGGAGACCCAGGCUGAGUUCUGCAGAGCGCUCCAGGAGGUGGACGGAGGAACCUUCAAGGUGGACCACUGGAGCCGUGAGGAAGGUGGCGGAGGGAUCAGCUGCGUGUUACAGGACAGUAAGGUGUUUGAGAAGGCCGGCGUGAACGUUUCGGUGGUGUUCGGUCACUUGUCUGAAGAAGCUGCCAAACAGAUGCGCAGCCGUGGGAAAGUGCUGAAGGCGAAAGACGGGAAGCUGCCCUUCAUUGCUAUGGGCGUGAGCUCUGUGAUCCACCCCAAAAACCCCCACAUUCCCACAGUGCACUUCAACUACAGAUAUUUCGAGGUGGAAGAAGCAGAUGGCACUAAGCAGUGGUGGUUUGGAGGAGGAACUGAUCUGACUCCAAUCUACAUUAAUGAAGAAGACGCUGUUCUUUUCCACAGUGUUCUCCGUGACGCCUGUGACAAGCACAACCCUCAGUAUUACCCUGACUUCAAGAAGUGGUGUGAUCGUUACUUCUUCGUCCGACAUCGCAACGAGACUCGGGGCAUCGGCGGGAUUUUCUUCGACGAUCUGGACUCGCCGAGUCAGGAGGAGGUGUUCAGCUUUGUGAAGAGCUGCGCCAAGACGGUGGUGCCGUGCUACCUGCCCAUCGUCCGCAAACACCUCAACGACACGUUCACGCAGCAGGAGAAAGACUGGCAGCAGAUCAGACGCGGCAGGUACGUGGAGUUUAACCUGGUGUACGAUCGCGGGGUAAAAUUCGGCCUCGCUACUCCCGGCUCCAGAGUCGAGAGCAUCAUCAUGUCUCUACCUCUCACAGCACGGUGGGAGUACAUGCACGAACCCGCUCAAGGCACUAAAGAAGCGGAGAUGCUGGAAGUUUUACGCAACCCUAAGGACUGGAUCUGAAAAAACACUCUCUCACACACACACUAAAGAUCUGUUUAACAGUGAUGACAUCACUAUUAUAUCACUUUCAGGCUUGUUGCUGCAUCACUGCACUCGUUUUUUAUUCCCCAAAGACGUAACUGAGGCUUUUGUCUUUAGUGUUCUUUGCCUUUUCUUCUUUCUAGUCGUCGGUUUCAGACUCGCCUCGCUCAAUCCUCACUCACCCUGGCCUAUAUGUGACGUGUCCCAGAUAACUCGUCUCCUUUGUUAGCUCUGCAUUAAUUGCUUAACACCUUCUUCUUCUUUUUUAGCUCAGUUUGUCAUUUCUGCUGAUUCAUGGCCUGAUUUUUUUUGAUUCGUCCUCCUUAGAUGAAGGACUGCUGCUCGUCUCCUGUAGUAAUGUUAUUUUUUUUCCCCUGAGAAAGUUGCUGAUUGUGACACUGGGCUGGAUAAUGUGAAUUUUACUGUUCAUGUGACGAAUGCAUUUUGUAAUGAAGUAUUUUAUAAGAAGAUAAAAUUUACAGAAUAUUCUAAACGUUGCGAUGAUUGAUUAUGAAAGGGCCGUCCGUCUCUGCGAGUUUUAGACGUCGUGUUUGUGUUAAAGGAAUACUCCAGCAUUCAUUUUUAAUCCAAAUCACCAUCAUCCAUGUUUGUAAUGCAUGUUAUAAGCAUAGAUGGGGGGGAAAUUUAUAAAACGUUAACCCGUAUCAAGACGAAUAGAAAUCGUAGACGACUCGUGUAGAACAGAAGUCUAAGGGCAGCUGUUGAACUUCAUCAAUAACACACGAUUGUAAAAUGCAGUUUUAAAACUCUGAAGGUGACGGAGGAUGAGACCGAAAUGAAAGAACGUCUUAUUAAUCUCUUUAUAGACUUUGAUCAACUUUCCAAUACAGGAGCGACGCAGUAAAAAGUAUUUCCGGUGAUUUUGUGGCAUCCAUGCGCCGUUAGAGACGCAGCUCUUCGAUCCCGUCUCGCAAAAAGUAGUUCCAUCUCUAAUAGGACCAAUUCUUCAGAUUUUUAGAUUUCAAGCUUCGUUUAUAUCCAAACAACACUGACUGACGGAGGAACUUAUGGAAGUCUUUUACAAAAACAAACAGUUUUGCUUAAAAUAAAUAUUUAUUCAGUGUUUUAUUAGACAGCUGCCCUUAGACUUGUAUUAUCCCUGAGUUUGGAGUAAACCGGUUUCCUGAGAGUAUUCCUUUAAUAAUCAAAUAAUAAUUGAAAUGACCUGAAACUCACCAACUUGUUUCAGAGAAGAGCUUUGUGUUCAUACGAUUUAUUUCAGUAAGAGAGCUUUAUAACAACAUGUUUGUAAGCCUUUAUUAAAAGAACACAUUUCUAAAGUCAC